AUGACCGCUACCGAGCGGUUCGAAGCAACCAAGAAGAAUUCGCUGUGCAUCAACUGCCUUUCCCCUUCCCAUCAAAUGAAGAACUGUUCGAGUGGAGCCUGUCGAGUGUGCAACCAAAAACAUCAUACGAUGCUGCAUCAACGAACCAACCAGCCCUCUACUAGCCAACAAACCCAAACCCAACCAUCGAAGUCGUCGUCGUCGCCUGGUUCGCAGUCAUCCUUUUCGCCGUCCGCUCAAACAAACCACUCGCAGUCCUCUCAUGCAAGCAAGCCCUCAACUUCGUCUAUUGAGAAUCAAGCCCCCACAAUCUCUGCCCUUUCGACCCAAUACGCCUCAUCGUCGCUCACCAAACAACAUCAUCGUGUUCCUUCAACGGUGCUGCUGUCAACAGCUCUGGUCAAAGUCUUUGAUCCAUCGGGACAAUCCUUGUGGGCCAGAGCUCUGCUGGACUCCGGAUCCCAGCUGAAUUUCGUAUCGGAGCAACUCGUCCAGAAGCUGAAGCUGAAACGAUCCAAAGAUUUUCUUCCUAUCAGCGGUGUUGGAUUGUCGUCUACCUCUUCAAAAUAUUCGGUCGUCGCUCGCAUCCAAUCCCACCACGCAGAUUUCGAGACUACUUGGAGAUUCCAUGUCCUUCCGAGGAUUACAAUGGAGUUACCAACACAAGCAGUGGAUGUAUCCAGCCUUCAGUUACCUUCGGACAUUGUUCUUGCUGACCCUUCGUUUGGUGAACCAGGUCCAAUCGACCUUAUCUUCGGCGCAGAGAAUUUCUUUGAUUUGAUGCGAGAAGGUCAAGUCAAAACUGGUCCCUAUCAACCCAGCCUACAAAAAAAGGCACUAGGAUGGGUAGUAUCAGGGAAGGUCCAGUCAGGAAUCGUACAAUCUUCGGUCGUCAACCUUGCCUAUUCCACUCCAACCCUCGAAGAACAACUAGCUCGAUUUUGGGAGAUCGAGUCUUGCCAAUCUAGUAGCACUUUGUCGUUGGAAGAGGCAGCCUGUGAGGAGCACUUUGCCAAAACAACUACCCAGGAUUCAAUUGGACGAUUCGUCGUUGCUCUUCCAAAACGUGAGACAGCCUUUGCAAAACUUGGCAGUUCAAAGGUCGUUGCUACUCGUCGGUUCCUGUCCCUUGAACGUCAGCUCAACGCUGAUCCUCAACUGAAGCAAGCAUACACAGCGUUCAUCAACGAGUAUGCGGAGCUCGCAUUGCAAUGUGUCGUCAGACCAGACAGCAUUACCACAAAGCUGAGAGUGGUCUUCGACGCAUCUUGUGCUACUGAUACAGGAGUGUCGCUAAAUGACGCUCUCAUGUUUGCCAUCAUCUCCGACAUCGAGAAGAUGUAUAGGCAAAUUGGAAUGAACCCGAACGAUCAGAUGCUUCAACUGAUCCUUUGGAGAGAUUCUCCUUCGGAACCAAAUGUCUGCAAACACUCGCUGAAAUCGGAUCGACAAGCCAUCCUGUAG